AGUCAGUUGGCAGGCUUCCUGCUCAGGGCUCCAGCCUCCCUGCACUCAGGAGGGAGAGACCGGAGGGAUCAGAAGCCAGGCAGUUCCCAGGACAGAGCCAUGGCCAGUGCGGGCAGCGACCUCAGCACCAGGAUAUCUGCAGAAGGCCAGAAUAUAGACAACAAGCUUAUCUGUGAGUUUGCACUUAGUCACUUCAAAAAAUAUAAGGUGGAGAUUUCAGAUGCAGUAAAAACGACAUUUCCUUUCCUUGAACUUCUCCGUGACCGUGGAUUCAUCACCAAUGAAAGAUAUGACAUUUAUGAAGAUUCUGCUAGAAACCAGGUCCCUGUACAGAAAGUGGUGUACAAUGCUCUCUGUGAUCUGGAGAAGACAUUUGACCUCCCACUUCUGGAAGUCUUAUUCAGCGAUGUCCUCAGGAGGACCUAUCCUCGUUUAAACAAUAUCUAUGAAAGCUUCAGAAAAGUGAUCAAAGAGAAAUUUUUUCACCAAAAAAGUGAUAGAGUUGAGAGUGUGGACAGCCCUAAUACCCAGCUAAAGCUUAAACAAGGAACUGGAGAAAACUGCCUCUCCUGGAUCUACACAGACACCUGGCAUGACAAUGGUACAACCCCACCUGAAAGUGGACUGUCAGGGCUCCUCUGUGAAACAGAGCAGAUAAAUACACUGAGAAACAAUGCAACCGGUGACAACAAUGAUGCGCUACAAAGCCAACAAGCAAGAGAACAAUGUGCCCAAGAGUCUGAGCCAGCAGAGAGAAGAGAUGAAGACCCUUUAGUGUCCAGUGUGAAGGAGAACCCAGGAGCCGGGACCUCUGGGCUGAGAAGUGGUCCUGAUGUGAAGGAUACUACGAAGCUUAGAAACAAUUCUACUUCGGGAAAAGCCAAGAGGAGAAGGCCCAGAAGGCACACAGAUGGAAAUGUGGAUUUUCGGAGUGAUGUACUUCCUGUGACCUGUGGUGACGCGAAGGGGAUGUUACAUAAAAACAAAUUGAGCCAAGGAGGCACGGUGAAGUCCAUAAUGAGAGAGGAUGGAAAAUGGUUCACUCCCAGAGAAUUUGAAGUUGAAGGAGGCCGCAAAAAAUCAAGUAACUGGAAGCAGAGUGUGCGCUGUGGUGGGAGGACCCUAAAAUGGCUGAUGGAGGUAUUCCAGUGGCAGGGGNUCAUAU